AUGGAAUUGCCACAGGAGAAACGGAAAAGACUCUUAAAAUCUAUAAAAUCAUUUCUACUCCGAAAAAGUUGUAAAAUUAUCCAUUUUGCACAACUCCUAGGCCUCUUAAAUGCGGCGUGUCCGGGUAUAAAAUAUGGUCGAUUAUAUACUAAAACACUGGAAAGAGCCAAAUAUUUAGCCUUAAGGGCUAACUACGGCAACUACAAAUCUAAAAUGAAACUUUCAAUGGAAGUUAAACACGAUUUGCGCUGGUGGUUGGAAAAACUUCCACGGGAAAUGAAUGUACUAAGAAAAGAAAAUUUCCUAAUUGAAAUUUGCACGGACGCAAGUUUGUCAGGCUGGGGUGCAUAUUGUCAGGGUAAAAGUGCUUGCGGGUGGUGGUCUUUAACUGAAUCAGAAGAUCACAUAAACUUGUUAGAACUUAGAGCUAUUUUUCUGGGAUUAAAAUGCUUUGCGGGCAACCUCAAGGACUGCAAUAUCCUUAUACGUACCGAUAAUACCACCGCUCUUUCAUAUGUCAACAAGAUGGGAAGUGUUAAAUUCCCCAAACUUAAUAACCUGGCAAGAAGCUUAUGGAAAUGGUGCGAAAAUAAGAAUAUAUGGAUAUUUGCAUCAUACAUUCAAUCCAAGGAAAAUUGGCAGGCUGACCAAGCAUCGCGAACUUUACCUAAGGAAACGGAAUGGUCCCUAAACAAUAAUAUUUUCAAUGAUAUUACGCAGCAACUUGGUCAACCGGAUAUCGAUCUAUUUGCAUCAGUUGCUAAUAAUAAAUGUAAAAGAUAUUUUUCUUGGUACAUUGACCCAGAAUCGGAAGCCAUUGAUGCGUUCACAGUGUCAUGGAGCAACCUAAGUUUUUACGCAUUCCCUCCUUUUGCUUUGAUCCUUCGGACCUUGCAAAAAAUAAUUAACGAUAAGGCAACGGGUAUUAUGGUAGUGCCUUUUUGGAAGACCCAACCAUGGUACCCAUUAUUCGUGAAAUUAACAGUUGGCCACCCGUUAUUUUUUGGACCUAAUAAUGACAUUCUUUUUUCCCCUUAUAGCAAAGUGCGACAUCCAAUGUGCAAAGAUCUUAUCCUGGUUGCUGCGAAGCUCUCUGGGAAGCAUUCAGAAGAAAGGGAAUCCCAGAAAGCGCAAUUGGAACAAUGGUAA